AUGGCUGGUAUAUUCGCCUUGAACGAGUUGCAGUGUCGUAAUGAAAAGUUAUUCUACCGAAUUUUGAGUGAAAAUGUCAAGGAAUUGAUGCCUAUUGUGUACACUCCUACAGUCGGCUUGGCUUGCCAGGAAUUUGGACAUAUUUAUCGGCAUCCCAAAGGUCUCUAUAUAACGAUCAAUGACAACAGCAUUAGCAAAUUUAUCAAAUUCUAUGCAAUUGGCCAAUAUCGACCGUACAGGUAA